AUGGUACACUAUAAUGAACUAAUAAAAGAAGAAGUUGAGGAAGCUAAAGAAAAAACGAAAAAGUCAUCUCUUGAUUACAGACGUCUUAACCGGUAUGCAGUGUUGUGUAUUGGUGGAAUUAAAAAAUUGAUUAAGCCAACAGUUAGUGACUCAACGGAUAUUAAAUAUUAUGUAUCAAAUUGUGAACUUUUCGAUAUAAUUUAUGAAGCGCAUAUAAAUUGUGGUCACGGUGGUCGAAAUAGAUUAGAAAAAGCUCUAAAUGCUAAGUAUGCAAAUGUUUGCCGAGAAAUUAUACUAAUUUUCCUCAAAUUGUGUGUAGUGUGUCAAAAGAAGAAAAAUCAUCCAAAAAAAGGUCUCGUUGUAAAACCGCUUUUGUUUAAAGAAAUUAAUGUUAGAGCACAAGUCGACCUAAUUGAUAUGCAAACAUGCAAAGAUGGUGAUUUCAAAUUCAUUUUAAAUUACCAAGAUCAUUUGACUAAAUUCAUCAUGCUUUAUCCAUUAAAAACAAAAACUGCUGAGGAAGUGGCGCAUUGUUUGUUGAAUAUUUUCUGUACCCUGGGAACGCCUUCUGUCCUGCAAUCGGAUAAUGGUCGGGAAUUUGUCAACAAUAUCAUUGAAGCGUUGAAAGACAUGUGGCCUGAUUUGUCAAUAGUCCAUGGGAAACCGAGACAUUCAAAGAGAAGAAAAGCACAUAUCGGGAUUCAAUCAAUACCACAUUCUAUGAAGUUUUUGCUGCGAACAGAAGAAGAUUUGGAGAAAAUUUUAGAUAAUAAAAUUGACAACAUCGAUGAAAACUCCGAAGCCGUUGAUGACAGACAAGUAGAAAAUUCGACAUCUUCAGAACAUUUGCUGUGUUGCGUUUGUGAAUUAGAAACUUCCGGUGCACAUAAAUGCAACAAAUGUCAAAGGUACGUUCAUAUUAUUUGCGGUGUCAGUGGAACUGAAUCUGAAGAAGGUUUUGGAUCUCAGUUGCUGUGUACUCUUUGUUUUAAUAAAAUUCAAAUGUGCACCAACAAAGAGAAGGCAUUAGAGGGACUGACAGUGCAAGCGGAGGAAAUGAAAGAAAUCUCCAAUAAAAAAUUUUCUGAAAUCGCAAUUGGUACUUCUGCCAAGAUACCGAUUCCAAGCGUAGAUAGAGGUAAGGGAGAUUCUCGCAGCGUAAUUGGGAUUGUGAUGGAAGUGUCUGCAGAGGGUUAUUACAAAAUAGGAACUAAGCAUGGUAUAAUUAGAUCUUUAUAUUCGAGAAACCAACUUUCUUCUUGCGAUGAGAAAUUUUUAAACCUCGAAGAAGUUCCCAACAAACCAGUUUCUCUGCGACACAUUAAUGGCGAAGAGUCUCUGUUUGGGUUGCAAGGAUUCAUUAAAUCGAUUUGGGCACUCCGCAGUUUGUCCGCCAACACUUGGGCAAAGUACAAUAUAAAAACAAAAUUUAAGACUUUGCCCAAAGCAGCUUGGGCACUCCGCAGUUUGCCCGCCAACACUUGGGCAAAGUACAAUACAAAACCAGUAUUUCGGACUUUGCCCAAAAGUGCUCGGGCAAACUGCGAAAUGACCGGUCAAUCCGCGAAUUGCCCGCACUCCGGACUUUGA